UCCAUCAUGUCGCGUAGUGAUCUACCCCUCCUACGGCGAAUCGUCACUUCGCAUGACUCCAAAAGCAUCAGCAAGAUCGAAAGCGACGAUCAGGUCAUUUCCGAAACAACCCCCAUCGCUCCAGGAAUCAGUAUCGCACCUAUCUGGAAGAUCACAGAUGGGCUUCCUACUGGAAACAACAACACCUCGGACGACGGGGCGAAGAGGCAAGUAGAGGGUUUGGUACCAGCGAAUGGUGCAAACGUACAAAUCACGGAACUAGCACCUGGCACUAUAACGCCAAAUCAUCGGACGUCUUCUCUCGACUGCAACUUCCUCUUGGCCGGGGAACUCGUCCUUGUCAUGGAAGAUGGAAACGAAACCGCGUUGACUCAAAUUGGUGAUUCUGUCGUUAUGAAAGGUGGAAUGCACCUCUGGAAGAAUCCUUCGUCAACGAAGUGGUGCCGUUGGAUGACAGUCUUGAUGUCUGCUGAUCCUGUCGUUGUAAACGGCGAGGCUUUGGGUCCUAUGAUCAAGUAG